UGAAAUGAAAUAUGUUGAAAAUACAUCUAACAAGGCUCAUAAAAGAUGAUUCACCCCAACAUCUAGGGCUGCAUGAUAUUGGCAAAAUAAUAUGACAAAGUGGUCAUGAUAAUGAUGUGAGAAAUAAAUUAUUAAAAUAUUGUUUCUGGCUGGCAAGGUUUAUUGGUGUUUAAUGGUUUGUGCAUGUAUGAAGUAAUUGUCUGAUCUGUCUUUGAUGCUCUGAAAAUGUUUUUUUAACAAUCUCAUUACAAUAUUAACAAUUAUUUAAUGUGCUAACAACUUUGCACCACUUUAAUUAAGCUCAGUAUUCAAAAGUUGGCUUAGUGUUAGUUAUUCAGUAUUUUAUUCCAAGCUGCAGAGUUGUUUUUGUGUGGGAGAAGUAGCUACAUGAUGGUUAAAUGCUACCUUGAAACCAAAUACUAUUUAAUGUUUUUUUGGUAAGAAUGUUGAAGCAAAUUUUACUUAUGUUUUAUACAAAGAUGCUCUGUCACCAGAAGUCUCCCCAGAUGAAUCGCUGGACUCCUCGGGCAAUCUGUCUUGUUGUGAUUCAGAUGACACAGUCAUCCUACCUUCAAAUAAACGGCAGAGAGAAGAGUGUGAAGCUGAACGACUGAUUGAAAAUAUACUUUUGAAGAAACCUGGAGGAGAUAGGGUAAUUAAAGAAUACACACGAACUAAGACGUUGACCGACACAACCAGAAGACAAAUGGUCAAUAUGUUGACUGCAGAAAUGACUCAUGGAUUGAGCAAGACUUUGUGUUGCUGUUUGGUGAGAGUACUUCUGCAAAGUUCCUUGAGAAAUGGCCAACCACAUUCAAAGAUAAAGUCAUCCAGCAGAGCAAAGGUCACUCUCAUUCACAUGAAGUUCAAGAACUGAUUGAAGCUACAGAGUUGACAGUGGAAGAAAACCAGGACGAAAUGGAUUUGUUAGGAUGGGAUAGCGACCUCUCUUCACUCAUGCUGCUGCUUCAUUUACUCCCACCUUCUGCACAAGGCCGCAAAAAAACAGGCAGGAUGUCUGCUACCCAGGCCAUGGGGUAUCUUGUUGUCUUUAGAAAGGCAGGAACCAGCAUUCAGGAACAUCUCGACUCCAUUGAAGAAAGACGUCAGCCCUACAUUCUUGCAGUUGGUACAUCCAGAAGUCGCAUUCAUGCAUUCUACAUUGUAGUGGACAAGGUGGCAAUCCCAUGUAAGGCAGCUGGUUCUCUUUGUGCCUUUGAUGAGUUGUUUAAAGCACAUUUUGUCUUUGGUACUGCUUACUGUGAGAGCCUGCGUAACAUGUACACAUUUAUUCAGACCACAAUCUACAAGAUAGACAUUGGGAAAGUAAAGGAAAGCCCAAGAGUUGCUGAGUUGAGGGCUAGAUUUUUACAGUAAACGUAGUGCUUUAAAGGACUGCAAAGAUGAUUUGUUUCAUAUGCCAGUCGCAUCAUUCAAAUGGCAAUUUGCUUGUUCGACACUUCAAGGUAAUUCAUGGGCUGUGUCCAGGUAAAACACUCAGAUUGAAACGUGGAGAAGUAGGAUGUUUCCAUGUGUCUGGUACAUUUUCUGGUUUUCGAAAGCAUGUUAAACGAGUACAUGAACAUAAAAUUGCAAUGCAAACAUAUAAUGAGGAAAUUAAAGAGGGACAAAUUGGUAUUGAUGUUGUACAGGAAGAUUUCGAUGAUUUGAGUCCAAACACCAUUUCAUUACCUGAAGUGUCUAACAAAAAUAUUCUGGAUAUGUGUGCCUCAGCUGUUGCGCAGGUUCAGGCUGCAGGAGUUAGUCAGGGCACAGUGAACAAUUUGGUUUGUUCUCUAGAAGAAAUUGUACAUGACAUCCAAAGUCAGUUUAGAGAGACAGCUCAAACACUUACCUUCAGAAAAUACAGAAUGUGUCAGUCAAGUUGAGCAGUCUUUAAAUGAAAUUGAAAACCCUUUCACACAAUUAAAUUCUGAGGCAAAGCGAAGCAGUUAUUUUUCUCAUAAAUGGAGCACAGUUAAUCCUGUAGAGAAAGUACUUGGUGUUAGGUUUGAUAAAAGGAGAAACAAAACCACAGGAACAUAUGACCAGGUUGUUGUAAGUGACAAGUUUACUUAUAUACCCAUCUUGGAAACGAUACAGUCCAUUUUUAAACAUCCACACACUAGUGAUAUGCUAAGCCAAACAUGUUUACGUAGUGAUCGUAUAUAUGGAUAUUUAGUAAAGAAAAAAAUGCAUUACAGAUUCAGUUGUUUUACGACGAUUUUGAAACUGCCAGUCCAUUAGGGUCUAAAAGGGGUAUACAUAAAUUAGGAGGUAUUUAUUUUACCUUAAGAAACUUUUCACCCAGAUACAAUUCAUGUUUGUUUAAUAUACACUUGUGUGCUCUCUUUCAUUCUCAAGACAUUAAGACGUAUGGGUUUAGCUCAAUUUUGGAACCUCUUGUUAGAGAUCUUAAGUUUCUUGAAAGUGAGGGCAUUUACAUCCCAGCUUUGGGUGGGCGCAUACAUGGAACUGUUGUUCAAAUGACGGGUGAUAACCUAGGUCUCCACAGCUUAUUUGGCUUUGUUCAGUCAUUCAGUGCAAAAAACUGUUGUCGCUUUUGCCUCACAGAUAGGGAAGAUUUUCAGACUGUAUUUUCUGAAGAAAGUGUGUCUUUCAGAACUACAGAACAGCAUGAGGAACACUGUCUGUCCAUUGAGCGCAACCCUGAACAGUCAAAUGUAUAUGGUGUUAAAAGCAACUGUUUAUUGAAUUCACUUGAGUACUUCCACACCAUUGAUAGUUUUUCAGUGGAUGUUAUGCAUGAUAUCUUGGAAGGUGUUGCACAGUUUGAGGUAAAGCUUGUAUUGAAGCAUAUUACUCAAAACAUCAUUUCUUAUGAGGAGCUAAGUGGUAGAAUACAGUGUUUCAACUAUGGAUUUGUGGAAAGGAGGAACCAGCCACCUGCAGUGAAAUUAGAUGAUGGGAGCAAUGAUCUGGGCCUAAAUGCUAUACAGUCAUGGUGUCUCCUGCGGAAUAUGCCGCUACUAUUUGGUGACUUAGUGGGGUUAAACGACUGUUACUGGCAUCUGUUGUUGCUGUUAUUACAGAUAGUUAACAUAAGUUUUUGCACCAAUGUUGACUGAGGGCAUCACUGUCUAUUUGAAACAUUUGAUUUCUGAACAUCAUCGCCUUUUCAAAAGCCUGUUUCCUGAAAAAAAUAUUUUACCCAAACAUCAUUUCAUGAUACACUAUCCCCGUUGCAUUAGAAAAAUUGGUCCUGUAAUUCACAUGUGGUGUAUGUGAUUUGAAGCAAAACACAAUUUUUUUAAGAGACAACUGAAAUGCUUCAAAAAUAUAACAUUGAGCUUAGCCAGGAAACACCAGCAUCAUAUGUCAUACAACUGGGAAUGUUUCAGCCAGAAUAAGUUGACAAUUGGUCCAGGGAAGGAAAUUUCAUUGUCAGAUUUCACUGCGGGUAGAGAGAUUGCUCUCAAAUUAAAUGUGUUUCUCAACUCCUCUGUGUUAUCAGUCAAAUGGAUAAAGUACCAUGGGGAUGAAUAUCGUCCCGAUUUGGUGGUUUGUACGGAUGUUGUUCAAGAAAUGCCUGUUUUCCAGAAAAUAGACUGCAUCAUAGUCAAAGAUCAGCAAGUACUUUUAGUUGUUACAGCAUUGGAGACCUUGUGUUUUAAUGAGCAUUUUCAUGCAUUUCAAGUUGCUUUCCUAAAAAAGCAGUUCGCUGUUAUUGAUAUCAAGGAACUUGUGUAUCACCGACCGUUUGAUUUGCAAAUGAUUUACAAAAUGGAUGAUCACAGUUGGUUUGUUGUACCAUACUGCUAUUUUCAGUAGCUUAAUUUUUCAGGCUGGUGGUUGUUCAUCAAUGACACUUUUUCCUGUGACUUUAUUUUAAAUUAAUGUCACAAAUGUUAUUGCAGGUGGCAAUAUGUUUUUUUUGGGAUUUCACUUUAAGAAUCUUUUUGUUUUUGUUGUUUUUUAAUAACGCUGUUUUUACACGUGUUAAAUGUGGCCUUUGGAAUAGUGUUCUGCAAAAUGUCAUUUGAGGAAUGAAAAGUUGAAAUAAAGUUUUUACAAUUAAUUGAAAUCAGCGCUGAUGUUUCUUUUGUUUUACAUAGAUAAUUUUUUCUUAGUCACAAUUGUUAAGUGACUGACAACUCUUCAGUACAGAGUUAAUUCAUAUUAAUUCAAAUAAGAGUAAACUGAAAUGAACACAAAUGGAGUGUAUAUAUAAAUUAACACUUGUCUAGUGUAGCACAAUUAAGUGUUAAUUAAAAUUAACACUGGGAGUUAUUUUACCUGCAGAGUAAAAAAUUGCUAACACUAAAGAGUGUUAGCUAGAGUUAAUAUUUGACUCUAAUAAGUGUUAAAUUUACUCUGAAAUUUUAACUCUACUGAUAGAGUUAAUUUAACACUGUAGCGAGUGGGACCAUAUGUUAUCCGAGGCAGUGUUAAAUUUAACUCUUUCAGAGUUAAUUUAACACUUUCAAUUUUACUGUGUAUGAUUCACAACCUCCUGGUCAGAAUGUUAAUGAGGUAUCACUCACGUCAGACACCCUCAACUGUUUAUCAGACAGUGCUAGUCCGCGCAAUGGAGCCUGAUGACGAGAGCCUGCCAUGCCCUGGCAUGGAAAUCGACUCAGCGGACAUUUUAAAUAAAUACAAACAAAUAAAUGCUCUGAUAUGACAGGGAACACUCCUCCCUAUGUGUGUGUGCAGCGGUGUCUGUGUGAGUGCAGGCAGCGAGACGGGAGGAGGGGUAGGAAGGGGAGGGGUGACACCCGCUGCAGCUCCAGCAGACACACAUCUUCAUAUAUUUCUGGUUAUAAAGCAGUCAAGGAAAUGGUUAUGUGAAAAUCCUGGCAAAAAAUCCACCUGCAGAAAGUGGCAAACCUGCAAACAUUGUUUGGUUUUUAAUGGUUUUUAAUGGUUUUAUCAUCAAUUUAUAGAAGUGUUUCAUAAAAUUGUUUGAUGAAAUGGUUUCAUAAGAAUUUUUAUAGGGUGAUUGAAAAGGCUGUUUUAUUUGUUUAUCUAUUUGUUAACUGGAAAGAAAUAUAAAACAAUAAUAUGCAAUAUGUGGUUGCCACAUUCAUUCAGGCUUUAAAAAAACGACAAUAUUGUAAGUAAUCCUACAUUUUGAGUAAUGUAAUCAGUAAUCUGUAAGGGAUUACAUUUUAAAAGUAACCUUCCCAACACUGAGUGCAGGUAGGAAGGAGCCUGUUCUAUCAUCACCUUGUAGGCGAUUGUAAGAGUUUUGAAUUUGAUGUGAGCAUCAACUGGUAGCCAAUGGAGCUCAAUGAGCAGCGGGGUGACAUGUGCCUGUUUUGGCUGGUUGAAGACCAGACGUGCUGCUGCAUUCUGGAUCAUUUGGAGUGGUUUUACUACACAGGCCGGGGGGUAUUGCAGUAUCGAGGCGUGAGAUGACCACUGCUUGUAAUAGGAGUUGGGUGGCCUGUUUUUUUUUUAUGUUGUACAGCGCAAAGCGGCAGGAGCGAGCAACUGAGGCCACAUGGCGCGUAAAGGAGAGCUGGUCAUCAAUCAUAACACCCAGGUUCCUAGCAACCUUUGUCGGGGAGAAAGAGAGAGAGUCGAUGCUGCUCCCUGCUCUGCUCCCUGCUCUGCUCCCUGCUCUGCUCCCUGCUCUGGUCUGCUGCUGUGCUGGUGUGCUGCUGUGCUGCUGUGCUGCUCUGCUGCUGAAAGCUUGCUUUAAUCUUCAGCUUCUACACUUUUCUCUGUUUUCUUCUCUUUUACUCUCUUCACACUUACUAAUCCACUUUUAGUCUGCUUCCUCUUUGCUCUACACACCUAUUAAUCCACUAUCAGUGUACUUUUAUAGACUUUUUUCCUCAGGUUUGCUGGAUUAGCUGUUUGCUGCUGCAGUUUGUUUGUGUAAGUUUCUAAUUUCAACUGAAACAAGGUGAGUGCUUUUUUCUCCAUGGCUUCUGCUCAGGUUUACUCCUGUUUAGAGUGUGGCAUGUAUAGCUUAGAUCCCUUGUCCACCGAUACUGGUAACAAUAGUGGUAUUUGUACUAAGUGUGAGAUAGUUAGCACCUUGGUGGAUAAGGUCAAUAAGUUAGAGCUGCACGUCCGGGGUUUAAUAAGGGAUAGACAGCAGGAUUCACUGUUAGCAGCCCCGGGUGUCUCAGGGAGAGUUAGUACCCCCUCGACUCCGGCCUUAGAGCCCUCACAGCGGGGCGAAUGGGUAACGUCUUGGCGGCAUAGUCGAAAGGCUAAGGCUAAUGCUACCGCAAAGGCCACAGCCAGCCCACCUGAACACCCAGUUCACGUGUCAAACAGGUUUGCCCCGCUCAGUGAAGCACCAACUGAGGAGCCUGUUAAAGGUACUCUGGUGAUAGGAGAUUCUAUCGUCUGACACGUGAAAUUAGCUACUCCUUUAGGGGCACCAGCGGCAACAGUUACUUGUUUACCGGGAGCCAGAGCACCGGACAUUAGUGGCAACCUCAGGCUGUUAGGGAAUAGGAGAUAUUCGAGGGUAGUCAUUCAUGUAGGGGCCAAUGAUAUUCGUCUGCGGCAGUCUGAAGUAACUAAGGCUAAUGUUAAAGAGGUGAUUAAACAGGCCCAGACGCUGUCCGAGGAAGUAAUCUGCUCUGGCCCCAUCCCAAUGAGGCGUGGUGAUGAAGCUUACAGCAGGCUUUCUUCGCUGAACCGCUGGAUGUCCAAGUGGUGUGCAGAAAAUCAUGUGGGCUUUAUAGAUAACUGGCUACACUUUGAGGGCAAGCCUGGUCUUUUAGGUAGGGAUGGUGUCCACCCCAUGCGGGAGGGUGCUGCCUUACUUUCAUGCAGCAUAGCUCAUAGUCUUUUAGUUAGUCGGCAGAGUAGUAUUAGAAGCUGCUGACAAUCCAGAGCCGGGACCAGGCCGCAGACAGAGAGGCUUAACCGACCGUCUGCGAGCUGCAAAGAGACGUUACCUAGAUACCAAUGUAUUCAGACUGUGUCUGUCCCCCGAGUCAAACAAAAACCUCAAAAAACUAAAACAGUAAACCCAAAUAACUUAACUUAUAUUAAACAAUCAUAUCCAGACUGUAGUACUAACACUUCAAACCUAAAGAUUGGUUUAUUUAAUAUCCGAUCUCUAAAUUCAAAAGCAGUUCUAGUGAAUGAAAUCAUAACUGAUCAGAAAUUCGAUAUUCUGUGUCUGACAGAAACCUGGAUUAGGCUAAAUGAAUAUGUAGCAUUAAAUGAAGCCACCCCUGCAGGCUAUAAUUAUAUACACAAUCCGAGAUUGUCCGGUAGAAUAGGUGGGGUCUGCAUACUUUUCCAAAGUACCUUAGUUAGCAAUCAGAAACACUAUAAUAAUUUUACUUCUUUUGAGCUUCUUUACACCAGUAUAAUUAAUCCAGUUACAAAAAAGAAUGCAUUUUCUUUAAUUAAUAUCUACAGACCACCAGGGCCCUAUUUAGAAUUUUUUAAAGAAUUUAGUGAUUUUGUCACAGACUUAGCAGUAAGUAGUGAUAAAGUGAUUAUAGUUGGAGACUUCAACAUUCAUUUUGAAAAAUUGGAUGAUCCAUUAAAAAAGGCAUUCACAUCGAUUUUAGACUCAGUUGGUAUUAUUCAAAAUAUAACAGGACCUACUCAUUACUGUAAUCAUACUCUGGAUUUAGUUUUGACCCUGGGUGUGAGCAUAGAUAACCCGAAUAUUCGUUCGCAAACCUCCGCAAUUUCAGAUCAUCACCUUCUUUCAUUUAAAUUACAUCUUAGUCAUAAUAUAUGUACAUCCCCUAGCUACUCUGUAAAACGUUCAAUUACGCCUUUUACAGCCCAACAAUUUACAGAUAAGGUUCCAGACUUAUCAACUCUAAUAUAUUCUCCUAUAGACCCAGUAGAACUAGACAAACUAACCGAAGGUUUAGAAAAUACCUUUCGCUCUACCUUAGAUGUUGUAGCACCCCUUAAACACAAAAUAGAGAGACAGAUAAAGCUUGCACCGUGGUACAAUGAUCAAACUCGUAACUUAAAGCAGUUAGUACGAAAUUUAGAGCGUAAAUAUCGAUCAACUAAACUGGAAGUGUUUCACUCUGCGUGGAAAGACAGUCUUGUAAAAUAUAGAAAAGAACUUAAUAAAGCCCGCUCAGCAUAUCUGGCCUCACAGAUCGAGAUAAAUAAAAAUAAUCCUAGAGUUCUCUUUAGUGUUAUUUCCAAAUUAACUAAAAGCCAGGCAGGUACUGAACCUCAGAUUCCAGCCAUUCACACCAGCAACGAUUUUAUGGACUUCUUCGAUAGUAAAAUUGAAAACAUUCGGGAUAAAAUUAAACAGAUAAAUAUUACAUCCUCUCUGUCAUCUGGUCUGGCUGAUCUAGAACAAAACCCUGUUACUGAAGUUAGGUUGGAAGUCUUUAACCCACUUCCACAGCUAGAACUAGAGAAAAUUUUCUCCUCUUCAAACAGCACAACCUGCACACUUGAUGCUGUUCCCACAAAAUUACUAAAACGGGUACUGCCAGAUAUAAUUAAACCUCUGUUAAUGAUAGUAAACUCAUCGCUCACCCUGGGCCAUGUACCCAAAGCCUUUAAAACAGCUGUAAUAAAACCUCUGAUCAAGAAACCAAAUCUUGAUCCUACUGUACUGUCUAACUAUAGACAUAUUUCAAACUUACCAUUUAUUUCUAAGAUUUUAGAAAAAGCUGUAGCCCAACAACUUUGCUCUUACCUGCAAAGAAACCAAAUCUAUGAGAAAUUUCAAUCUGGAUUUAGGCCUUAUCAUAGCACUGAGACAGCUUUAGUUAAAAUAACAAACGAUCUACUUACGGCCGCCGACCAAGGCUGUGUUUCCCUACUCGUACUUCUCGAUCUGAGCGCAGCCUUUGAUACAAUAGAUCAUACUAUCCUUUUAGAAAGACUAGAGAACAUGGUCGGUGUAACCGGAACUGCCUUAUCAUGGUUUACAUCGUACUUAACCGACCGCUAUCAGUUUGUGAGGUUAAAUGAUAUGUCUUCCAGUUAUACCAAGGUAAGAUAUGGAAUUCUACAAGGCUCUAUAUUAGGACCGUUAUUAUUUACAUUAUAUAUGCUCCCACCGGGCAAAGUUAUUAGAAAACAUGACGUGAAUUUUCAUUGUUAUGCGGAUGACACUCAGCUCUUCAUAUCAGCCAAACCUGACGACAGAGUGAGAUUAAAGAAAAUCGAGGAUUGUGUAGAAGAUGUAAAAUCAUGGAUGUCGCACAACUUCCUCCUAUUAAAUAGUGAUAAAACAGAAGUUCUCCUAUUAGGCCCCAAAGCUGCUAGAAAUAAAUUAUCAGACUUGAUGCUAAAUCUGGCCGACUUCUCAGCCACCCCUGGUUCAGCAGCUAAAAACCUUGGAGUUAUUAUAGAUUCAGAUCUAGCAUUCGAUAAACACAUAUCUAAUGUUACUAGAACAGCUUUUCUACACCUCCGUAAUAUUGCCAAGCUAAGAAAUGCCCUAUCACUGCAUGACGCAGAAAAAUUAGUCCAUGCCUUCAUUACCUCAAGGCUAGAUUAUUGUAAUGCGCUACUGUCUGGAUGUUCCGGCAGUAACUUAAAUAAACUUCAGCUCGUUCAAAAUGCUGCAGCCAGGGUCCUUACUAAAACUAGAAAAUUUAAGCAUAUUAGUCCAGUACUAUCAGCACUGCACUGGCUUCCAGUCAAAUUCCGCAUAGACUAUAAAAUUCUCCUGUUAACGUAUAAAGCCCUACACGGGCUCGCUCCUGAGUAUUUACGAGACCUCAUCUCCUAUUAUGAACCACCGCGAUUACUUAGAUCUCAGGGUGCUGGUUUCUUAGUAGUCCCUAAAAUUCAGAGGAGCUCUGCAGGAGGAAGAGCUUUCUCUUAUAAAGCGCCUCAACUCUGGAAUAAUCUCCCCGAAUAUGUUCAGGACUCAGACACAGUCUCAAUCUUUAAGUCUAGACUGAAAACUUACUUGUUUAGUUUAGCUUUUGGUAAUUAAUGUUUUUUUCCUUUAGAUAAGGCUGCAGAUUCAGGGGUUCAUGGACAGAGGAAAUUGUGGUAAACUGAGAUGCUGGUGCUGCUGUUCUCCCACUGCACACGGUCACUCAGGUUUGUGGACGGUGGAGUGGGUGGAUGCCGGUGUUUCAGGGAGCCUCCAUGUCUAUGUUACCUUCUGGCUCUCUGCCUUUAGUUAGGCUGUUUUAUUUAGAUCUGCCGGAGUCAUUUGCCACACUCUGAUAAUGUUUUAUAUUCUCUGUUUUGCAUAAAUCCAGUCAAAACUAAUUCCAUCUCUCUGCCUUCCUCCGAGUUACUGACUGCCCACCUGUCUGACCCGAUACCGAGGGAUGUUGGACCCUCAGGCUCUCAUGUCCUCUGUCUGGCCAGACUGGAAGUUUCUGAAGUCAGCUCUUCUCCAUCCACCACCACAGGUUUUUCCUCCUCCUGCAGCUCUGAGGGAGUUUUUCCUUGCCUCCGCGCUCACUGGGGGUUCUGUAUUAUAUAUUCUCUAUGUUUAAUCUUUUGCCUGACUCUUUGUCCUGUAAUCAUGUUUCUGUAAAGCUGCUUUGUGCCAACACCAGUUGUAAAAAGCGCUAUACAAAUAAAUUUGAUUUGAUUUGAUUUGA